CUGCACUCUGCCUGUGGGUGAUCUCCAGUGAGAUGGAGACCCCUGGAAUCCUGUCCCAGCAGGAAUCAUUGGAUUCUGAUCAGCCAUGGCUGCCCUGGGGAGGAAGGCAGAGAGCAGCAAGGAGGAGAAGGCACUGCCUGCAGUGUGGAGGCACUGAUGGGAUAACUGGCAAGGGGGAGUCUGUCCUUAGACACUGAAUGGAGAAGAGACCCCCUGCCACCCCCAGGGAGGCCUGGGAGGAGGACAGCUCUUCCCAGGGGAGCAACUCUUCACAGCUCUUCUCUGUCUACGACACAACCACGAUGCAGCCACUGCAGCUUGAUGCCAGCUGGUUGCCGAUAUACGAAGAAUCAGAGGAAGCUGUGGAUUUCAUCGUGGCUUUUGUCAGCAACCUUGACAAGGACAUUCACAAGUUCACAUUUCUGAAGAGCACCUACGUCCUGUGCAAAACUGCCUUGAAACGUGGCUUGACUCAGGGCCUGGAUUUAUUCUGCCAAGCAUGUGAAGUGGUGGAGAAUAUCAAGGACCUCCUGGAAAAGGAGCCAAGGGACCGUCUGUCCUCACAGAUCCGGUAUCUUGCCAUGAUCACCAUCGAUGAGUUAUGCUUGGUGGAGAAUGUGCUGGAGGGCAAAACCAAAAGCCUCCUCUCUGCGUGUUUCUCGAGUGUCUUAUUGCUCCCCUCGGAAAGGGAAAUGCCACACCAGAGCGCUUCCCUCUUCACCAAGACCCUGAAAGCCAUGGACACAAUGCUGAGGACGGUGGUGCUCAGCUUUCCUGCCUCCAGUGUCUGCAAGGAGCUGCAGGACAUCUUCGAGAUGCUGCUGGACUUCACCAGAUCCGAGAGAGAAGUUGUGCGGGAGAGGGCUGUGGGGAGGAUUGGUGUCCUGACCAGUUUGCUGUCUGGCUAUUCCACUCUGAAGGCCUCUGUCAGCUUUGGAAGAGACAGUUUUGGACCUGUCUGCCCUGAAGACAUCUCAGUCCCACUCAUGGGAAGGCUGGUGGGACGUCUCAUUCUUUUCCGAUAUUCCGAGGAACAAAUAAGUUAUACAGCUUUCCACGCUCUUUUUUCCCUUGCUGAAUUCCUCUACAAGUCAAGGCCAAGGGAUGGGCCAGACCAAUUUGCUUGGGAAGCUGUGACCACCUCCUCACUGUGUUACCUGAGCAUCAGAGACUGUACCCAGGCCUUUGGGAAAUACCUCCACUCUAGAGAGAGGACAGAUGUCGUCCUGGAGGCCAUUCAGGCCAUGAGAGAUGCCAGCAUCCCUGAGAAGCAGGUGCCCAGCAGCAUGCUGGAUGUGGCCAUGGAAGACCCAAAAUUCUGGCUGACAGAUGUGCCCAAGAUAGUGAGCUGCAUUCUUGAAAACCUGCUGUGCAUCACCACAGAGUCAGGCUGUAGGAAAGUGGAGUCACUGUUUCUCCUGAUGACCAACGAGAACCGCUCGGCAGUGGUCAUCAGCCUGUGUGAGAUGGCUCUGCAAGGAGACAGCGCUGUGCAGGAGCUGUGUGACACUCUAUCCUCCAUGCCUGAGAUUUUGGACAAGGUCCUCACCGAGUUUGCUACCUUGCUCCGGAACCACUGGUGCAGCUCCUCCAGAGAAAGCACCUGGAACUCUCACAGGGCUCCAUCCUCGGGGCACAGUCACUUGGAGAAGCUGGGUAACAAGCCCAGCAUCUGGAGCGAUGAGGGCCAUCCCGAUGUGAAGACGGCCUUCCUGAUGCUGGAGAUCCUCACUGGGCUGUCAGAGAGAGCUGAGAUGGCAAAAAAAAUCGAAGCCUUUCUGCCAAGCAUGAUGAAGAUACUGGAAGCUGGCAGUAAAGAUGAGAAGCUGAAGAUCAUUGUGGUCUUCCACAAUCUCCUGCGUCAGCUGAAAAAGUCAAAGGCCAGCUCCAUCACUGUGGCACUGGUGGGGAAGAUCAUACCCCUCUUUGACUCGCAUGAGUGUGGCCGGCUGCGAGAGCUCUCCCUCUGGCUCCUCAGAGACCUGCUGAGGUCUGUGGUGAGAAGGGAUGAGAAGAAGAUGGGGAGGGAGAUGCAGAAUGCACUGAUCCCGCUCCUCUUCCGCUUGAACGACCAUCUCCCCAGCGUGGCCAAGGCUGCCAGGGAAGCCCUUUUUGCUGCUGCAGAGCUUCUCAAAUGGAAGCAGCUCAAGCACCUGCUGCAGAGAGAGCGGAUGUGGGAGCUUGGAGAAUGCUUGUUGAUGAGGAGGGGGAGCAGGGUUGAAGAGUACAUGAAGCAGAGCCUGCCCUACCUGCAGGACCCUCAGUCCUCCGUGCGCCUGGCGGCCGUCAGGUUCAUCAGGAUCGCCACGAGGCACGUGAGGAACCAGGACCUGGAGACUCAGUCUCAUAUCCUCACUGCCCUUCAGCCCCUGGAGAAAGACAGGGAUAUCUCAGUCAGUUCCCUGGCAGUCCACACGGGCCUGAUCCUGAGAGCUCCGAGGGUGCAGCGAAGAUCAUCGGUGAUUCUACAAACGCUGUGCUGCUGGUGCCGCAUUGCUGUUUUUUCAGGCCAACCACAAGCAGAACAGGAAGAAAUCUUCAAGAAGAGCCUUCCUAAGGCAAUCAUGGCUCCAAGAGCAGCCCACAAACACAUCUGAGAGUGGCUUUGGAGCAGAUGCUGGGCUGCCACAUGGAGCAGGCUGAUGGCUGAUGCCUUCCCAGGGAAGGAAUGUGCUUUGAGUACGCUGUUUACACAUGGUAGUAACAUUACCUACAAACCUCGCUUCCAUCUUCAAGCCAAGGAUCUCCUCCAGGAGAAGAGAAUUCUUAUGCCACAGGUCGAAAAGGUGUGAGAGGAAUGAGGGAUUUGUCUUUACAAACAAGCUGUGGGUCUGCUGAUAAAUAAAAUUAGCACCGAGAGAUAAAAGAAACAAUGGGGAGGAUUCCGCUGAUUGAUGAAUGGAAGAAAGAUAUUUGCCUUUACAAACAAACUGUAGGUUUGCUGAUAAAUGAAACUGGAUAUUGAAAGAUGAAAGAAACAAUGGGGAAGCACCAUAAAUUCCAUAAGAAUUAAAAAUGAAGAGGGAGGGUGAUACAUUAGAGGGGAAUCUCAGGUAUCAGGCACUCUGGGAAGUCUGUGCCUCUCAAGUGCCUCAGACAGUGGGGAAAGAGAGAGGGACAUGGCCGGGAAAUUGGGAUAAAAAGGAGGCUGCAUCCUCCAAAAACUGGAGAGACCCCAGGGGAAUGGCCCAUGGCCUCUCUGUUUAUUUAAAUAAAGUUACAGCACUCCUCUGUCUCCUUUUUGGACAUGAACCUCUGGUGUUUGUGGAUUCAUUUUCCUGACAGGUGCAAGGUACAAAGCCACUGGACAAGAUGCUGGCUGGAAUUUGGAUUGUAUGGACACAGGGAAGCUGCAGCUCAGGCUCCUCAGAGCCUGGUGUAACGCUCUGGACUGUGAAACAUCUCAUUUUGUUCCAGAAAAGAAGAAAUUAAUGAGAAAAUAGAAACAAUGUGGGUCCUGUUUUUCUCUGCUAGAUGGACGUACCUGCUUUGCUUAUCCUUUUCCUGUUGUCACCUCAUGAAAUCACGCAGCAAGGCAAAUCUGACAGGGGUCUCACACUUGGUGAGUAAAUUAUCCCUGUGGUUGGCUGGGGGUGAGGGUACCCAAAAGCUGCAGACAGCCACAGGCGCUCUGCUGGUCCUGAGGAAGUUCUGCUCCACACUGGUGCUAAUGAAACCUUUUGGUGCUAAUCUGGCCUCAGCAUUGUUUCCUGCCAGGAUGGGGAACACAGAGCCACAGGUUCUGAAGGCAUUGUAAGGCUGCAGAUGGUUCUAAUUCCCACAGAUUUUUCAAUAGGUGGGUUUAUUCUCUUGCCAGCCCCUGGGAAUAUUCAUGUCCUGACUCUCUGCCCAAGGCUGAGUGAACAAUAAAUGAUCUCUGAGAGGUGGCAGAGCACCAGGAACACAGGGAAGUGUGAUUGCUGGUCACAGCCCCAAGCUCAGCCUCUCCCUGUGUGACAGUGACACAUGGGCUCACACCCUGCCAGGACCCCUCUGGGGCUCUGGCACACUCAGGGAGGCUUUGAGCUGCUGAAGUUUUCUUGCUCUGCUGGAAUUACUGCUGGAAUUCAGGGGCAGAGAUGCCCAGAUUGGGGAUUGCUUUUAGAAGACAACCUCUCAGACUUAAAAAGCUUCAGUGCAUGAGCUGUUAGGGUUCUUAAUGAGUUUUUCUCUUAGAGCAGGAGCUUGUGCUUGGUUAUAAACAUAAUUUUAAAAUAAUAAACAAAAUACAGGAAGUAGAAGUUUUUGAAGGGUAUAUAAGUUCUGCAGCAGGAUGUUAAUUGUAGAUUAUUUUGGACUCUCUGAGAAUAAACAUCCACUGUAGAGCUUUUGUCUGCCCAGAGGUCAGCAAUAGAAGGAAAUGGAAGUUUAAGAAGUGUGAGCUAAAUGGCUGGAGGCUGAGGAGGCAAAUUGAAUACCCUAAACAUAUAUGAGAGAAAUCUGAAACUCAACUCUGGAUGGACAGCAGCGACUUCUCCCUCAGCUGUCCUGGGAGCUUCAUCCUGCACAAUCAACCUCUUCCCUUCAUUCCUCUUCUUGUCCAUGGGCUCAGACUCUGGAAGGUCACUGGGAGCAGAUCCUGCCCUGGAGCUUUGACUCCAGUUUCUCCUCCUGGGGCUUCAGUCGUUGAGGGGUCAAAGCUCCAGGCUUUUUACAGGAAAUCAGAUUAAUUCCCUAACAUAACAGAACAAAAGAGAGGCGUCUCCUGGAAAUUCAGGGAGCUGUGUUCUCAUGUGCAGUUUUAGAGAUCUUACCACAUCACGUCUUCCCACUAUUUUAUGAUGAUAUUUUCUCUCUGCUUUUACUAUUUGAACAUUAUUGGCAUCAACAAACUGUGUUGAUGCUGAAUUUAUGUCAUCUAUAUCUAUCUAUCUAUCUAUCUAUCUAUCUAUCUAUCUAUCUAUCUAUCUAUCUAUCUCUAUCUAUUUAUCUGUCUAUCUAAUCUAUCUAUCUCAUCUGUUCCAUGGAUUUGUUAUUUCAUUGCUUGAACAACAAUCAGCUUCCUCAGCAGGGACCAGAGCUCUCCCAGGUGAAGCUAUGUCCCUGAAAACAGGCAUUGAACAUUUUGGAGCUGAUGGGGCUUUUUGGCUGCUUGAUUUUCAUUUUUUUUUCCUCCUCCAGCCCUACAAUAAAUAUGGAAAUAUUUCAGCCAGAGAAAACAAUGAUAUUUCUCUGUUGCAAUGGCCAGUUUGAGCUGUUGCAGAACAGUUCUGUGGCCAUCUACAGUCACAUGUAAUAUGCAAGUAGGUGGUGGCUGAGACUGAGUGCUUUUCCUCCUGGGAGCUUUAAUUCUUUGCAACUGUGCUCCAGUUUGUGGUGCUCACCUCUGGACUGGUUCUCAGCAAUUGUGAAGGGAUGAUUUCCUGAUCACCUGAAGGCACUGCUUGGUGCCACUGUCCAUCCCUCCAGGUCUGCAUGAGCUUGGUUACCUCUGCAAAGGGCAGUAGGUCACAGACUGGUGAGAAAAUGUGGUAUUAUUCCUAUUAUUCCUGUGUGGAGUAGGGGAGUGUUUAGCAUAGAAAAGGAUGAGAAUGUCUUGUUAUUAAGUGAUUUCCUAGAUCUUUCCUUCCUUGGAGCACCUGUGUAAAAGCAGAUGUUUGGGAAUGUCUGCAGCAAGUCAGAGCUGUGCAAAUGGAAGGGAUGGUGUAAAGAAAACCUGAGGAGAACUGAGUGUGAUAUAAAACUGAUAUAAAAAGUCAUAACCUUUCUGGGAAUUAAUCUAAAGGAAUUGUGGGGUGUGAGGUCCUGAUGUGGCUCCCGACUGAAUGUCUCUUGCCAGUGUUUUUAUGCAGUUUUGUGUUACAAGUUUCAAUGAUUUGAAUUUGUACCAGCAUUGUGUUGAAAUAAAUGCACAUCAUGAAUUCAUAUGA